GUUUUUUUUAAAUGACUUUCUUCUGUGGCUACACAAUUAAUUAAAAAAAUUUUUACAGGCCAUGGGGUGUUUGUUGUACAAACUAUGUUUUUUCAAUUUACCAUUUGGUGAAAGUGCAUUGGCUAUCCAAAGUGGUAACUUUACCAUUCCAGAUAAUUCUAAAUAUUCUAAACAUAUGCAUUCCUUAAUUCGUUAUAUGUUGGAGCCUGAUGCAGACAAAAGACCAGAUAUUUUUCAAGUUUCUUUUGUAUCAUUUACAAUAGCAGGAAAGGAGUGUCCUGUACCAAAUUUAAAGAAUUCACCCAUUCCAGAUAUUGCAUCCCUUCCAGUACCAAAUGUUGAAAGUGAAGCAAAGAAAGCAAUUUCAAAACCACAGAGGUUAAUUACAACACCAAUUGUGGAAGGAACAUCAGUUGCGCCUCGGCAGCGGCCAAAGGGCUCUCAACCUCCAACAGUUGGGGGUUUACCUCUUUUAUCACAGGCAAGUUUAACUCCAAGUAAACGCUUAACACCUACUCCAACUACACCCCAGGACGGUGGAUCCAAUACUUCUAUAACAUCUCGUAUGUCUAAUGUCACAUCGCAAUUACUAACACCUCAUCAUUCAAAAUCUGCUGUACAAUCUCCUGCUGGUAUAACACCUCCAUCUACAAAUGUACUAACCAGUCCUGGUGGAGACAGUACUGUUACUCUUACCUCAUCUACUUCUGCUCCAGGUUCUUCCACAACUACACCAUCACAAUCUGCUAGCACUCAGAUUGGACAUGUGGAUCUUUUUCCUCCAACCAAUUAUCAAGAUCCAUUUUACAGUGAUAAUAAACAAAACUUACAAGGAAAUAAUGGUACAAUUUCUGUAUUAAAUAAAACAGAAAAAGAAAGUACUGCAACAUUAUUGCAAAAUGCAGACCAUCUUGUUCAUUCAGUUAUGUCUGUAACACCUCCACCUUCUCCAACUCUCAGUCAACAUAGUCAUCAUCGUAGAAAUGCCAGUGAUACUUCUGCCUUCAAUAAGAAUGUUGCUAAAGAAAUCACUCAGUUUUUGACUCCAUAUGAAACUUCGCAAAACCAUUCUAGUUCUGCUUCUAAACCUCAGGCUGGUGAUUUAAAGUCCAGUCAAUGGAAUCCAUUUGAAGAUGGUCAAAACUCAGAAGAUCAUUUGUUUGGUCAGGAGUUUGAUAAAAUCAGAAGAGGUUCACAAAGUAGUAUUUCUAAUGUAAAGAGUAGAGAAAGCCUAGUCAUGAGUGCUUCUGAUUUGAUUGACUCAGACCCAUUUGGAGCAGCUCCUUUCAGUUCAGCAAGUGCAAAAUCAAGUGGAAAAGAAAAAACGUUUCAAUCUGAACAGAUGUCAACAGCACCUUUAACUGGAACAGUUGCUUCUGCCGACCGUGAUAUAUCAUGCUACGUUCCACUAUAUUCCGAAGGUGAUGUUGACGGAGAAUUAAGGCAGCGUCACAGUAGUGAAAAUUCCAGUGCCUCUCGCGAAGGAAGUCAAAGCAUACACAGCAAGCGAUCUAGCAAAGAAAUCUUUGGUGCUUCAUUUGUUAAGAUUCCAAUAGAAGAUAGAUCAAAAUAUGAAAAAUUAUUAGAUUUUGAUGAGGAGGAACAAAAAAUGAUUCCUGUUACUCACGAAGAUAGUGAUUCAAUUGGCUCGGCAAGCGAUCUUAGAGCUCAAGUCGAUUCUAGUGAAGAAGAAGAUAUUUGUUCCGACACGUCAGAUAAAGACGAACAAGAAUAUCCAAAGACAGCUGAAAACUUAUCAUUUACCGACAGCAGUGCUACAGAGAAGACCAGAAAACUUUCGGAAUCCACGAAAGGAUCUUAUCAAGACGUUUUCAUUGGCCAUUGGGAAGGAGAUAAACCUCUUUUAGAAGACGAUGAAUUGUCAGAUGGAGAACAAAAACAAAUAUUAUCAGAAAGACAAAACUUUUCAGAAAUUCCAGUUUCUACCGAUAAAGAGAAACAUUCUGAUGUGUUUGGGGCUGCUCCUUUCAAAAAAUCCUCUUCCAUUACAUCUAAAAGUUCACUUAUUAAUAGUGAAACGGAUGAAAUUGAUGUGUUUGCACAAGCUCCUUUUAGAAAGCCCAAUACAAAAAUUUUAUCAGAAACAAGAAAAUUGCGUUUACAAAAGAAGAAAUCGAAAGAUGAUCCAAAAGAAGAAAUCAAGCCAGAAAAUCCAGACAUAACAAAUAUGGAACAAGCGAGACUACCUCUUACUUAUAAUCAAGUAACUCCUAUCAAUACCGAAAAGCCUCUGUCUUCACCUGUGCAGCAGAUAUCAAAGUGGAAAGAUAAGGAUUUGUUUGGUUCAGCUCCGUUUUCUCAAAUUUCAAAUUCCUUAUCGGGAUCAAAUAAAUCUAUCCAAAAUAGCCCAAAAAUAAGCUACCAGAAUAUUGGAAAAGUUCAAAAGCAUAGUUCUAGUGAAAUUAGAGUUCCCUCGCAGAUUAUAAUUGGAAGCAAACAGAGAUCGGUAGUUACUGUACCUCCAAUUACAACAAACAGAUCGCAGGUAAACGGAAGCCAAGAUUUAUUCGGUGCUAUACCAUUCAAUAACAUGGCAACUCAAUUAGUCGGUACAAACAAUUUCCCGGCGGCAGGAAAAAGCGUAAGAGUUUCGGAAAUUUGUCACACCUCGACCGUCGACAACGGUAACAUCCCUCAAAAUUCAUCUAGUUCCUUCAGUUGUGAUCCCAACGGGAAAAAACUGACAACCCGCGACAAAUCUCACUAUCACGAUUAUAUCGAAGAAGACAGCAUCGCCCACGAUGAAAACGUAAACGUGCUUCCAUCAAAACACUACACUCAAAUCAAAUCAAGUAGAAGAACUAAGCACUCAAAGAAGAAAGAAGCACGAGAUAAGGCUAGUAGUAACAACGCAUUCUCAAACAUGAGUUUCGAAGACAUCGGCAGCGACGAGGACAAGAGCGUUCUCAACCGUUCUUUCACCAGAGACCAAAACUCGGGUAGCAACAAGUCUACUCAUUCGAUUAAAAAGACACUGACAUGAAUACAUUUCUAAUAUUAAACCUUUUCCACACUACUAUCGACAGCCGGCAUAUAUUGGUAGAAAGCAGAAAUAUAAUUACGAAGAAAUUUUCCAAAUCCAUUACUUUUUAGAUGGA